GAGGCGAGCGCUGGUCGGGGAGGCCGGGCUAGCGGUGCCCGUCGCCAGCAGCUCCGCCGCCGGGUAGCAUCCCGCCGCCGUCCUUCCCGCCGCCCCAGCGUGGUCACUAUGCCGAAGAGAAAGUCUCCAGAGAAUGCAGAGGGCAAAGAUGGAGCCAAACUAACUAAACCGGAGCCUACAAGACGCUCUGCCAGAUUGUCAGCAAAACCUGCUCCACCAAAACCUGAGCCUAAACCAAGAAAAACAUCUGCUAAGAAAGAACCUGGAACAGAGAUUAGCAGAGGCGGUAAAGGGAAGAAAGAGGAAACGCAGGAAGCUGGACAGGAAGGUACUGCACCAUCUGAAAAUGGUGAAACUAAGGCUGAAGAGGCACAGAAAACUGAACCUAUAGUUAACAGGGGAGACUGAAUUGUCAUGAAAAAUUGGGGUUGAUUUUAUGUACCUCUUGGAACAACUUUUAAGAGCUAUUUUUACCAAGUAUUUUGUAAAUGCUAAUUUUUUAGGACUCUACUAGUUGACACAAAAUAUAUAUAAAGAUGGACAUCUUGCCCUCUUAUAGUCAUGCUUUUUUGAAAUUUCCACCAGCUUCAAGUAAAAUAUUAUCAGUUUAAUAUUGGAAGCUUUGUGUAUAAUCAUUUCAGCAUCCCACACCCUUGCUUUAAAAAUUCAGUCCUGUGUAUAGUGUGGUGUUUUCACUGUGCAGUUUUGAAUUUUCCAUGCUGUUUCUCUAGAGCAAUAAUCAGUGGUGCUUUUGUACCUAAGUUUUCUGUGAUUUUAAUGAAAUAUGGAUAGUUGUGGCCACCUGCUGACUGUGGUUUAAAAUAAAAGGUUUUCUUGAUGCAGAA